GAGCCAGGGCGCAGCGGCAUCCUGCGGGCGGCCGCUCUCGGGGAGGCUGAGAGCCGGCCCGCUCGCCCCCCGCCGGCCAGCCCCUCCCCCCGCUCCUGAGCCCGGCAGCGGCGGCGCGGCGGCGGCAGUCGCCGGAGGAGCAUCAUGCCGCGGAGGAAGCAGCAAGCGCCCCGGCGCGCAGCAGCCUAUGUUUGCGAUGAGCUAAAGGCUGCCGCCCUGGUGGGCGAAGACGCAGAGCCCGAGGAGAGUACGGCCGACGGGGAGCCCGCGGCCAAGUACGCGUGCCCCGAGCAGGAGCCGGGCAGGGCCUGCCCCAGCUACCAGAACUCACCGGCCGCUGAGUUUUCUGGCCACGACAUGGACAGCGAGUCGCACAUCAGCGAGACCAGUGACCGCAUGGCUGACUUUGAAAGUGGCUCCGUCAAGAACGAGGAGGAGAGCAAGGACGCUGUGGCCCCGCCGGAGGACACGGGCAUGUCAGACAGCCUGGAGCAGAUGAAGGCCGUGUACAACAACUUCCUGUCCAAGUCCUACUGGUCCAGCCUCAGCCUCCAUCUGCACCCGCCCCCCGCCGACAAGAACGGCGGCGGCGGCGGCAGCAGCAGCAGCAGCAGCAGCAGCAGCUGUGGCAGUGGCAGCUUCGACUGGCACCAGAGCGCCAUGGCCAAGACACUGCAGCAGGUGUCGCAGGGACGCGUGCUGCCCGAGCCCAGCCUCUUCAGCACGGUGCAGCUGUACCGGCAGAGCAGCAAGCUCUACGGCUCCAUCUUCACGGGCGCCAGCAAGUUCCGCUGCAAGGACUGCAGUGCCGCCUACGACACGCUGGUGCAGCUGACGGUGCACAUGAACGAGACGGGCCACUACCGCGACGACAACCAGGAGGCCGACGCCGACAACCCGCGCCGCUGGUCCAAGCCGCGCAAGCGCUCCCUGCUGGAGAUGGAGGGCAAGGAGGACGCCCAGAAGGUGCUCAAGUGCAUGUACUGUGGCCACUCGUUCGAGUCCCUGCAGGACCUGAGCGUGCACAUGAUCAAGACCAAACACUACCAGAAAGUGCCUCUGAAGGAGCCCGUCACGCCCGUCGCCGCCAAGAUCCUCCCGGCUGCUCGCAGGAAAGCGCCCCUGGAGCUGGAGCCGCCCAGCUCCCCGGACUCCGCGGGUGGCACCCCCAAGGCGGCUCUGUCGGACGCAGGCGACAUGCUGCCCAAGGCCGCCAGCCCCUACAUCACGCCCAACAACCGCUACGGCCACCAGAACGGCGCCAGCUACGCGUGGCACUUCGAGGCCCGCAAGUCCCAGAUCCUCAAGUGCAUGGAGUGCGGCAGCUCCCACGACUCGCUGCAGGAGCUCACGGCCCACAUGAUGGUCACCGGCCACUUCAUCAAGGUCACGAACUCGGCCAUGAAGAAGGGGAAGCCCAUCAUGGAGGCACCCGUCACGCCCACCGUCACGACCCUGCUGGACGACAAGGUGCAGUCCGUGCCGCUGGCCGCCACCACCUUCACGUCCCCGUCCCACACUCCAGCCAGCGCAUCCCCAAAGCUUCACGUGGAGGUCAAGAAGGAAGUGGACAAGGAGAAGGCGCCCCCUGAGGAGACAGCCAAGGAGAAGGCCUGUGAGGAGGAGGACAAGUACGACGUCCCCUCCAAGUACCACUACCUGACUGAAAGCGACUUGGAGGAGAGUCCCAAGGGGGGCCUGGACAUCCUCAAGUCCCUGGAGAACACCGUGACGUCUGCCAUCAACAAGGCUCAGAACGGCACCCCCAGCUGGGGGGGCUACCCCAGCAUCCACGCUGCCUACCAGCUCCCCAACAUGAUGAAGCUGUCCCUGGGCUCCUCGGCGAAAAGCGCACCCCUGAAACCCACGUUCGGCAGCAGCGACAUCCUGUGUCCCCCCAAAAGCCAGAGCCUCGUGUCUCCACCCAGUAGCCAGACGUCACCCAUGCCCAAAACAAACUUCCACGCCAUGGAGGAGCUGGUGAAAAAAGUCACCGAGAAAGUGGCCAGAGUGGAGGAGAAAAUGAAGGAGCCAGAGGGCUCGCUUUCUCCGCCCAAGCGGGCCACCCCGUCCCCCUGCAGCAGCGACGUCAGCGAGCCCAGCAAGAGGGAGGCGCCCAGCGACAGGGGCUGCCGCAGCCAGGAGGACAGCCCCAGCCCCCAGCGGGAGGGCGGCAGGGAGGGCAGCCCCCCGGCAGAGCCCGUGGCCAACGGCCAGGAGCUGGCGCAGCCCGCGCCCAGCGGCCUGAGCAGCAGCACGGCCAUCAUCACUGAGCACCCGCCGGAGCAGCCGUUCGUGAACCCGCUGAGCGCCCUGCAGUCGGUCAUGAACAUCCACCUGGGCAAGGCCGCCAAGCCCGCCCUGCCCGUCCUGGACCCCAUGAGCAUGCUCUUCAAGAUGAGCAACAGCCUGGCCGAGAAGGCGGCCGUGGCCACGCCGCCGCCCCCGCCGUCCAAGAAGGCCGAGCCGCUGGACCGCUACUUCUACCACGUCAGCAACGACCAGCCCAUAGACCUGACGAAAGGGAAGAGUGACAAGGGCUGCUCUGUGGGCUCGGUGCUUCUGUCUCCCACGUCCACGUCCGCGGCGACCUCCUCCUCCCCGGUGACCACAGCGAAAGCGUCCGCCGUCGUGUCGUUCGUGUCCAGCUCGCCGCUGCGCGAGAACGCCUUGUCAGACAUUUCCGACAUGCUCAAGAACUUGACGGAGACCCACGCGUCCAAGUCCUCCACGCCGUCCAGCGCCUCCGAGAAGUCGGACGCCGACGGGCCCACGCUGGAGGAGGCUGAGGAGGCGACGCCCGCCCAGAAGCGGAAGGGCCGCCAGUCCAACUGGAACCCGCAGCACCUGCUCAUCCUGCAGGCGCAGUUCGCCGCCAGCCUCCGGCAGACGCCCGAGGGCAAGUACGUCAUGUCGGACCUGAGCCCGCAGGAGCGCAUGCACGUCUCCAGGUUCACAGGGCUGUCCAUGACCACCAUCAGCCACUGGCUGGCCAAUGUCAAGUACCAGCUGCGGAGGACAGGGGGGACCAAGUUCCUCAAGAACUUGGACACGGGCCACCCCGUGUUCUUUUGUAAUGACUGUGCGUCCCAAAUCAGGACUCCUUCCACCUACAUCAGUCACCUGGAGUCUCACCUGGGCUUCCGGCUCCGGGACUUAUCCAAACUGUCCACCGAGCAGCUUAACAAUCAGAUAGCACAAACGAAGUCGCCAUCAGAGAAGCUGAUGACGUCCUCCCCCGAGGAGGACCUGGGCACCUCCUACCAGUGCAAACUCUGCAAUCGGACCUUUGCGAGCAAGCAUGCUGUGAAACUUCACCUUAGCAAAACCCACGGCAAGUCCCCGGAAGACCACCUCCUGUACGUCUGUGAGCUAGAGAAGCAGUAGCGCUGGCUUUUGAUGACAGCGGCCGUCUGGCGCUUUGAGGGAACCUGCCGUAGGCAGGCGCCUUCGGGCCCCCUGCCUGGUCCUUGGCACUCGUUCCUACUGUAACUGCACACAGCCGCUCCGCCCCGGCCGCACUGUUUUGUGUAACUGUACAGUGUUUAGUGGAGGUGCAGACAGCCGUGGUUACUGGUGAAACAGGAAGGCUGAAACACAGUGGACGUGUUCGGGACUCUGUGUACAUGGGAUUUAGUCGUGAGCCCCCGUGCUCCGAGCUGCAUGCAUUACCGGACAGUUUAAUUACGCGUUUGUAAUGAAACCGGGCACCACUCGAUCCACGCGACGUGAGUGCUGGCGUUUCUCACCCUUUCAUCUUUAGCCCUCUGAGUACUUUGAAGCACUUUUGCAUUAAUUUGGUUAAAAAAUAAAAUAAAAUGAUGAUAAUGUAUGAAGCUCUGUUUUUUAAGCUCCGUACCAGCUUCGUUAUAAUUAAUAAUAUGAACCUCCAUUUAUGCAGGUCUGCAGGGGUAUAACACGCCUUGAAAUUUAAAAGAAUAUUAUUUUCACAUUGAAACAUAGAUGUAUAUAUUGUAUAGAUUUCAGACUCUCUUAUGAAAAAUGUGAUUGUGGUUAAAUGACCUUUUCUCCUGCAUUUAUAGCAACGGUGUUUUACGUACCUGCUAUGCUCUGGGCAUAAGCUGUGCCUAUGUAUAGUGUAUAUUUCUUUUCCUUUUUUUUUUUAAGGUCUAUGGGUUUUGUUUUUUACAUGCAAACAUUGUAAAUUAUACAGAAGAUACCACAGAUAGCAUUUAUAAAGUAUACAGAAACAUUGUCUGAAAGCAAAGUGUGACUGUUUGUUUACAGUGCAUCUAUAUUGACAGAGGUCUGUGUUUAAAUUAUAUGUAUUUAUUACCACCGUAUUCUCAUGUGUUUUGAGCAGUCUGAAUAAACCAGGCCAGGAAGUACAUCCGCGGCAGGCAGCCCCGUAACUAUUUUGCACAUGAUUUUUAAAGGUAUUUAUUAGAAAUCAAAGGAUGCUCAAAAUAAACUCAGUGCUCAAAGGGUUAAGUCUAUUUGAAAAGGAAAAGGAAAAAAGAACAAAAAAAAGAGGAACUUGUACUGUAUUUCCUAAACAUUGAUAAAGCCUUUAAAAUGUUUGUACUGUAAUACUUUGCUUGAAAGUCACACGGUGGCGUCCUGUGAUGCCACCUCUCGCACUGGCUCGCCGGCCCUCGGGGUGGCUGGGGCCUCCUGUGCGAUGCCUUUUGGUUUCAGUCGGUAACUUUCCGUUUUGUUCUUCCUGAUGAUUCUCCCAAGACCCCGCACUGCAGCUUUAUCUUUAGGCUUAUGUGAGGUAACCCGUGGUUACCGGCGCUCCGAGGGGGUCCUGUUUGUCUCCAUUCUUGGCAGUUAAUUUGCAGAAGUAACUGACAGCUGACACCAUACGAGAACCUAUGUAUAGAAUAUCGGCAUGUAAAGAGCACAGACAUUGUAACACUCUGUGCCCCGUUUUGUUGUUGACAAUGAACCGCCAUUAUGUGACUCUUCAUAUAACCCUUUUUUCUACGGCAGCAUUAAAAUUGUCUUUUUGCUAUAA